AUGACCAAUGAGAAACAUCUAGCCAGAGAUGGUGCCCUGCGCGUUCUAGAUUUCGCGAUGGCGCCGUCUCUUUCUAGUCUCUCUUCCACUGGUUCUAAUGAAAGUGAGACUAUAACUGGCUUGAAUAAAGCGGUAACCGAAGAGGACCAGACAUCAGCGGCAAACGCCAACUGUGAAAAGUUCGUUGAGAUUCUUGGGCUACGUACAAUUUUCCCACUUUUUAUGCAUGGUGUGAAAGCGCGUGGUCUAAAAAUUACUCCAAGUGGAGGCAAUCGUUUUGAGCCAGAGAAGACUCUACCAGGACCGACAUCAGAGGAAAUGGAAGAGCACAUUAUCAAGUAA